UUGUCAAUCAAGUAUUCCAAAUAUGGUAUUUCCCAUAGGCCUUUUCGGGUAGGAUUCUAAACAAGAUGGUGGACUAGGGUACGAGGAACCAGGAAUUGAAAUAUUUUGUUGACAAUACUUCAGCGCGAUGGCAUUAUUACAGUGGCGCCGGUUCAAUUUUUUCGACAAGGAGGUUCUGAAAGACCCCGGAACGACUCAGCCAUUUACGGGUCUGAAGGAUACUAGUAUCACAGCAUGCACAAGUGGAAGAGGCCAGCUAGUUAUUGGAGAUUCAGCUGGUUUUGUUCACUUCCUGGGCCGUGAUUUAACCAUCACAUCUUUCCAGGCCUACGAAAUGCGUGUGUCACAUUUUUACCAACUGAAACAGCAAAAUAUUUUAUUUACAGUUGGAGAAGAUGAAGUAGGAGGAAUUGAUCCAAUUAUGAGAGUUUGGAAUCUAGACAAGAUUGACAAGUAUGGAAAUCCCGUUUGCUGUUGCAUGCAGCGGCUUAUUCCAGGAAACAAACCAGUUGCGGUGUCUUGUUUGGCAUUGAUGGAAAACUUGACACAGAUGGCUGUAGGAUUUGCCGAUGGUACUGUUCUUGUAUACAAAGGAGAUAUCACCCGUGAUAGGCACACAAAGCAGAGAAUUGUUCAUCAUGACAAGCAUCCUGUAACAGGGCUUGCCUUCAAACAGACAAGUGAUAGUGUAAUUCUGUUCGUUGUGACAACUGAAACAGUUCUGUCAUACAACACUUCAGCCAAAGAUCGUCGAGCUUUGUAUUUUUAUCAAGUUGAUGGCAGAGGUCCUUGCUUAGCAUUUGAAGCUUUUACUGGGACAUUCCAGGGUGUAAUUGAUGUGGUAUGUGAAUGGGGCAGCUUGUUUGUGAUCACAAUGGAAAAUAAGAUUUUUCAGUUAGAGGAGAAGGAUACGCAAACAAAGCUGGAAAUUCUUUUUAAGAAAAAUCUUUAUGCUAUGGCAAUCAGCUUGGCAAAAAGUCAGCAUUAUUCUGAUGGACUGAUUGACAUCUUUACACAAUAUGGAGAUCACUUGUACAGCAAAGGGGAUCAUGAUGGAGCAAUAAAACAGUACAUUAAAACCAUUGGUCAUCUGGAGCCUUCUUAUGUCAUUCGUAAGUUUUUGGAUGCUCAGAGAAUUCACAACCUUACAGCGUAUCUUCAGGCUCUCCACAAACAAGGUCUGGCCAACACAGACCAUACCACCCUUCUUUUGAACUGUUACACCAAGCUGAAGGAUGUCUCAAUGUUGGAUGAGUUUAUCAUGACUGACAGGGAAUUAAACUUUGAUGUUGAAACUGCCAUCAAGGUGUGUCGUCAGGCAGGAUAUUUCAAGCAUGCGGUGUAUCUAGCGGAGAAAUACGAACAACACGACUUAUAUUUAAAGAUUCAACUGGAAGACUUGAAGGAUUACCAGAGAGCGCUGUCCUACAUUGGAAAACUAGGAUUUUAUGAGGCUGAAGGAAACAUGAAAAAAUAUGGAAAGAGUUUGGUGAAUGCUGUCCCUGAUGAAUCAACAAAGCUGCUAAAAGUUUUAUGUACGGAUUACAAGCCGCAGCGACUUCAUGAACGAACAGUUUCCGGUUCUGUCACACCUGUCAGUGCUGGGGUUUAUCAGUCCUUCACAACCGCUCUCGAUCCUGCAUCAGAUAUGGAGAGGAAGAUUUACAAGGCUCGCGCCGAAGAGUUUAUUCACAUCUUUGUUCAUCAAAAAGCCAAACUGAUUGAGUUUCUGGAACAUAUGGUGCAGGUUCAGCCUAAUUCGUCUAACUUGGUGUAUAACACUCUCCUUGAGCUGUAUCUGAAUGAUGCUGCUCGUCAGAAGAAUGUGGAAGCGCAAGUCGAACAUGAACGUAAAGCUCUUGAUUUGCUGAAAAAUGUGGAGGCACGUUACGACAUUGACCACGCCCUGGUACUAGCACAGAUGCACCACUUCAAGGCUGGUAUCCUGUAUCUGUACGAAAAAGCCAAACUAUACCAACAAAUCCUUCAUUACCAUAUGGAGCAGAACGAAUAUAGUCACGUGAUAGACACGUGCAAAAAAUAUGGGACGUCAGAUCCAAGUUUGUGGGUGCAAGCUCUCUCUUACUUUGCCCGACGUGAAACAGACUGCAAGUCCCAAAUCAAGGAAGUGCUUGAUCAUAUCGACCGUGGAAACCUCAUGUCUCCUCUACUCGUGUUGCAAAACUUGGCGCACAAUUCAACAGCCACAUUGGCAGUGGUGAAGGACUACAUCAUACGUCGCUUGCAAAUGGAAGACGAACUUAUCGCAAAUGAUGAGCGUUAUAUCCGACAAUAUCGCGAGGAAACGGAAAAAAUGAGGAAUCAAAUCAAAGAACUGAAGACAAGUGCAAAGAUAUUCCAAGGUGCAAAAUGCAGCGUCUGUUCCCGACCUUUGGACCUGCCGGCUGUACAUUUCUUGUGCCAGCACUCAUUUCACCAAAACUGUUUUGAAGGAUACGCAGAAUCAGACAACGAAUGCCCGAUAUGUGCUCCGGAAAACAGAAAAGUACUUGACAUAAUAAGACAACAGGAGCAGGCGAAGGAUCUUCAUGAACAAUUUCAUUGCCAGCUGGAGAGAGCGGCGGAUGGGUUUUCUGUUGUGGCUGAGUAUUACGGACGCGGUGUUUUCAAUAAGGUUACUGUGGUUACUGACCCGAACCUCUCACGAGGAGAGUCAUCUCGCGAAGCUUCUGUAGAUCAGCGCGAGAGACUUUUGAACACCUCUCACAGCUAGCUGAAGGGCAGAGCCGGUGAGCCUUCGUUGCUCAUGGUAUGCGGUGGUACCAUUGGGGAAAUGCGGAGAGACGUGCAUUCCUUACCGCACAAAAGAAGUGUCUUCCGAAGAAAAUUAAAUAAUUUGGUAGAAAAAUAAUUACAACUAGAUUUUGAAGAUGUUUGAGAGUCUGGCUGAUGAUGAAGUUGCAAUUCGUGUUGAUCUAA